AUGGCGGCAAGGGGCAGAGGUAGAGGUAGAGGAAGGGGACAUCAAAUGUCUUUUGAUUAUAAUCAAUUAGGAUUUGGUGGAGGAGAAGCACUUCCGGCUCCUGCUUUGUACCCACCUCCCACUUUUCCGAUAUUGGAACAUAAGCCAUUGCCUUUAAAAACAGGAGCAGAAACUGAAUAUAUGGUAGCUUUAAAAAGAGAUUUUGUUGAAUAUUUUCAAAGUUUAAGACAAAAUAAUAAUUGUUUAUCAGCAAUUGAAAGAUUCUCUGAUAAAUAUCAAAUGAUAAGUUCAGAACUUAAAGAAUCUUCUGAUUCUCAAAUCUAUUGGGAUGCAUUACCAGCAGAGCUACAUCCAAACUGGAAGAAAGCAUUAAAAAGAAAAAGUCGCAUGCAGUCUUGUACUGAACCUAAAAAAUCAAAUAUUGAUAUUUCCAGUAGGUUGGAAAAACUUGCUAAAUUGGAAGAUAAAGAAGAAAAUGAAUCUGAAGAUAUGAAAGAAUCAGAGGAUAAAGAUGGAGAUGAUGAUAAUGACAAAGAAAAUUUAGAAACGGAAGAAGAUGAUGAUGAAGAAAUGGAUGAUGGAACAGAUUAUGUAAAUAAUUAUUUUGACAAUGGUGAAAGUUACUUCGAUGAAGAAGAUGAUAAUUUAGACGAUGGUCCAAUUUAUUAA